AUGAACUCCUCAGAUUCGGAGGAAAUGAUGAUGUUCUCCUCGGAUUCGAGUGACGAGGAGGACGAGCUGUUUGUGCUUAUUGCCAUCGAGGAGGAAGAAGCAGGAGCUACGCGUCGUAGCAGGCAGCGUGGGUCCAUGCCCGGCCAUGCGGUUAUAGACUGGCAACACCGUGAAGGUGCUGCUAGGCUGUACAACGACUACUUCGCCGACAACCCUGUGUACGGUGAUAUCCUGUUUCGUCGGAGGCUUAUCGAUGGGAGUGCCCCACCUGUGUCAUACAGCAUAAAUGGUAACAGGUACGACAUGGGAUACUACCUCGGCGAUGGCAUAUACCCCGAAUGGGCGACCAUAGUGAAGGCAAUUCCUGCUCCACGAGGCAACAAGAGCAUCCAUUUCUCCGCGAUGCAAGCUGCUCUCCGCAAGGAUGUCGAACGUGCAUUUGGUGUGUUGCAAGCUAGGUUUGCUAUUGUUCACGGACCGGCUAGAGUAUGGGAUCAGUCUACAUUGUACAAUAUCAUGACCGCCUAUGUUAUUAUGCACAACAUGGUAAUUGAGGACGAGCGUGGUAUCGCUUCCCCAGUGCAGGUGUUCGACUUCAUGGGGGAACCAACUCAAGUCCAUCGAAGUGGUGACGAAGGUGUCCUGCAUUAUGUCGAAACAAUUCAAGCUAUCCGCAACCGUGCAGUGCACCGCCAAUUGCGUGCUGACCUUGUGGAGCACCUUUGGAGUAUUCAUGGAGCACGGUAG